ACAGAGCGAGUGUGCUUAUAGAACCACAGGUGGAACAGUUAGAAGCUGUUUCAGUGAACUUUUAAGAGCUCUGCAUGGAUUUACAGCACAGGAAGGUGACUGCACUCCUGAAGAUGAGCAGAAGUUUCAUCACUUACUACAGGGGCUUGUAGGCCACAUGGAGGUGGAUCCAGCCCCACAGGGACUGCAGUUGGCUGCUGGAGACCUGAAGAUGCCAUUCUCAGAUACGGUCAAGUACUGCAUCCUGGGCAUCUCUGUCACUCUUCUUCUGCUGGCGCUGGGCAUCUUGGCAUGGCAGGCCUUCAGAUGCUGCACACAGACACGGGCCACAUGCACCCAGAAAGACAGCGUGAACUGUGAUCUGCUGCACUCAGACGGAAAGUCGCGAACAGCAGGACACUACUCAGGAGCUCCAAGUACUCGGGUGGAGGAGGUCAGCACAGAGGUGCACAGGCUGAGCCGCUGUCUGUCUCAGGCCCAGUUUCCCUCCUCUGGAUCCACACAGACAGACGAACAAAUGGGGGAACAGGCCAGUGUUAACAAGGUCGAUGGAUCGCUCCGUUUCUCCGUCUAUUAUGACCAGCUGCAGUCACAGCUGGUGGUCACCGUGUUGCAGGUGGAGGGGCUUCAAGAUCACAGCCAGAAGCACAGUCUCCAGCCAUUUGUUAAGUUAAGUCUAAUGUGGGCAGGUUCAGAAGUGGAAGUGGAGGGCUGCACAGAUGAGGAGGGCGACGGGACGCCUCCUGUCAUGUGGACAGUGCUGCAGGAGUGGCGGACUCGCAUUGUGAAAGGCAGCUGUAACCCUUUAUUUGGAGACCAGUUCAGCUGUAUUCUACAAGAUCCUGAGGAGCUUCAGCACAUCAGCCUCAGAAUGGAGGUGAGGGACUUUGAUAAAUUCUCCAGAAACACAGUCUUAGGAGAGGUGAGGGUUCCUCUCGGGCGGCUCAACAUCUCCUACCCUCUGGAGCUACAAGAAGAUCUACAGAUACCCCACAAGGAUCUUGUCGGAGAGGUGCUUCUUUCUUUAAGGUUCCUUCCUACUUCUCAGAGGCUUGAGGUUGGACUGCUAAAGGUCAGAAUGCUCCCUACUGAAAUGUGCUCAGAUGCAGCCCUGUAUGCCAGGAUCAGUGUGCAGUGCAACCAGUGCAAGUUGAGGUACCAAAAAACCUCUGCAGUGGCCCGCUGCCUGGUGACUGUCUUCAACGAGGUCUUCAUGUUCUCCCUGCCGGAGUUUCCUAUGCAACAAUGUAAAAUUAUGGUUUCUGUGUUCGAGACUCACACGAUUAGGAAAUCGACCAAGCAUCUGAUUGGACAGUUGACUGUGGGGAAGGAGAAGAAUUCAGAAGACAAGCACUGGAGCCUGAUGAUGUGCUCAGUCCGCCAGCCAGUAGCAAAGUGGCACGGCCUGCUGAUCUAAUAUCUCGUGAAUCCUCUCCUGAACUUCCUUGGUGUCCGUAUUGCUUGUGUUUAAUUGAAAGCUGUGGUGCAUCAGGCUGUGGAGAUCUGCACCUGCUUCACUGCAGGCCGAACAUGGACUACUCUCCCUCUUGAAUCCUCAGUGCUAGAAAGACCUCUCUGCUCCAAUUAGACCUGAAAUCUUAGGUUACUCUUGUCCACAGACUCCUUUUUUUAAUCUCUCUUUUUACAUCCAAAUGUCAUUAUAUUGACAUUUGCGCUACUUAUUUCUGAUGGAGAUUUUUCACUUACUGUACUCACUCAGUGAAUAACUAUGUUGUGUCAAUGUUACAUUUAUCUUUAGGCUGUGCUGUUCUUUUGCUCUUGCAAAAACUGCAUUAUUAAAUAUUUACAUUACAGCUCUGAAUGUCCAGUAAAUUUAUAAAUUCACUGUCAUAAUAAGAGUGUUAUAUAAUGCCU